GUAUGGGAGACCUACCUAAUGUGGGCGUGGUUUGAAGUCUCUGGAACCUUCAGGUAUAUAAGAUGACGAUGACCUGAAUUAGUUUCUGAGAGAUUGAAAACUUUGAAUAUAACAACCGUUCCUGCGAUAUUCUGAGAUCCUGCAUACAGUACAACAAUGCCUCCUCCCGGUGUGUGUAUGAGUAUAAUGCAGGAGCGCCACAAGAAAGAGGGUGUUGGGAGUCUUGCCAACCCAGAGAAACACAGCAACCAAGACUUUCAGCAGCUGACGCAGUACUGUUUGGCCAGGGGAGUGAGGUACAUCGAUGAGAUGUUCCCCCCAGACCAUAAUUCCAUUGGUGAUGGGCUACUUUCCCCUGAUGACAUGGGCAGAGUGGUGUGGUUGAGACCAGCGAAAAUGGUACAGUAUCCAGAUUUUGUUGUUGAUGGACUUUCAAGGUUUGACUUUGGGCAAGGAUUGGUUGGGGAUUGCUGGUUUCUUGCUUCCAUUGGGGCUUUGACGUUCCAGAAGCACAUCCUGGAACAAGUAGUACCCCUAAACCAAAGCUUUAAAGAGGAUUACUGCGGAAUAUUCCACUUCAGGUUCUGGAGGUUUGGGAGGUGGGUGGACGUUGUGAUCGAUGACAAGCUACCAACAGUUGACGGCAGGCUCAUUUUUGUUCAUUCAAAAACUCCCAAUGAGUUUUGGCCCGCCUUGCUGGAGAAAGCCUAUGCCAAGGUGUGUGGCUCCUACGCAGACAUGAAUUCAGGGACCCUUUCAGAGGCUAUGAUGGACUUCACUGGAGGGGUUCACAUCACAUUCAAGCUCACUGAUGCUCCACCAAAUCUGUGGGACCUCCUGUUCAGAGCUGCCAAGUCAAAAUCGCUGAUUGGUUGUGGCACACCUCAAGGGGAAACAUCAGCAAACACGGUGGCCCCCAACGGAUUAGUGAGGGGUCAUGCCUACACCGUCACAGGGGUCAAACAGAUCAUGAGCCAAGGCAUGCUAGUGAAUCUGAUCCGCCUCUUCAACCCCUGGGGCCGGGGAGAGUGGAAAGGAGACUGGAGCGAUAAGUCUUCCAUGUGGCAAACAGUGAGUCCUGACGAUCGGAAGAUGUGUCUGUCAGUGGAAGAGGAUGGGGAAUUCUGGAUGACAAUGAAACAUUUCUGUGAGCACUUCGUAGACGUGGACAUCUGCUGUCUGUGCCCUGAUUUUCUCGACGGCAACUCCACUUGUCAUUGGACCUCCUCAUUCCAUGAUGGCAGAUGGGUUGCAGGAACCACUGCUGGUGGUUGCAUGAAUUUCCCAAACAGCUUCUGGAUAAAUCCCCAGUAUCGGGUGAAGAUCGAGGGAUUAGACCGGGACUGCUCUGAGACACAGGGCGACAACAACAUGUUGGUGUCUCUGAUGCAGAAGCCUGACAAGAGAAACAGACGCCUGGUCAAAAGUCUCCACAUCGGCUUCUCCGUCUUUGAGGUGUCUGACCAAUUCAAAGGACAGAGUGGGAAGUUUCCUGCCUCCUUCUUCAACAACAAUGUGCCUGUCGCCCAAUCGAAGAACUACCUGAAUGCUCGGGAAGUGAUGGAGUUCUUCAAGCUGAAACCUGGUGAAUACCUGAUCGUGCCAUCAACCUUCAAACCAAAUGAAACCGCCUCCUUCAUCCUGUCCAUCCUCUCCAAGGCAGAGACCCACAUCCAUGAAAACUCCAAUGACCAAGAUAUGGGGGAUAUCCUGUUUUCCCCGAAAACGCCAAAGCCCACAUCUACAGACACAUUUGAAUACAACGGAGGAGAUGUGGAUGACAAAAGAACUCUGUUUCAGAAGUAUUCUGAUGAGUUUGAGGAGGUGAAUGCUGAACAGCUUCAGAGCUGUCUGAAUGAUCAUCUCAUCCAAGGAAAUGCAAAGAAAACACAAGGCUUCAGCUUGGAGUCCUGUCGCAGCAUGUUGGCCUUAAUGGAUACAUCAAUCACUGGAAAACUGAACGUUUCAGAAUUUCUACGUCUAUGGAGAAAAGUUACAGUGUACAAGGACAUCUUCUUCCGCACAGAUGUAGACCGUUCUGGAAUGUUGUCAUUGAGUGAACUGAGGAACGCAAUCAUGGCUUCAGGGAUCAGGGUGGGUGAUGACAUGUUAAACCUGAUGGCUCUGCGCUACGGUGGAUGUUCUGGAAUCAUCAGCCUGGAGACUUUCAUCAGCCUCGUCCUACGCAUGGACUGCAUGGCCAAAAUAUUCAGAAAACUCAAUGAUGGAGGGGUCAUAUCUCUUCAAGAGAAUGAGUGGAUGUACAUCUCUAUGUAUACGUAAACCGAGGAACAAAUAGGACGGACAGAAGACUGCAGUUGGAAUCCGUGAGAUUUGGAAGAGAGGGGGAGAAAAGCGUGCUGAGGUGAUGCUUUGCUGGACAAACCAUUCCUUUGCGCUGCGGCAGUUUCAGGGUGAUUUGUUGCACUUUGAGAUGUGAUGCUCCUGCAGUUCAAAGAGAACAGUCAAACGAUUGGGUGCUUUAGCAAGUGACUGUACUUUGGUUGAGUGAUGGGUUCAUAGGCUAUAAAACAUAAUGGGUUACAUUCUGGUACACAUCUGGUACAUUAUAUUUUAUAUCUCUUAAUGUGGUAGUUUGUGUUUUUGUUUCUGGGUAUAUACUGUAAGGGUUAGUAAGGUCCUAACUUUAUACGAGUAGGGCAGUGGUGUCCAUCUCUAAUAGUUCUGCUACUUGAAAAAUAAAACAUUUCAAAUGUAACCUUUAUUUAACUAGGCAAGUCAGUUAAGAACAAAUUGUUAUUUACAAUGACAGCCAACACCGGCCAAACCCGGAGGACGCUGGGUCAAUUGAGUGUCGCACUAUUGGACUCCCAAUCACAGCCGGUUGUGAUACAGCCUGGAUUCGAACCAGGGUGUCUGUAGUGCCUUAAACUACUGCGCCACUCGGGAGCCCACAACUGUAGGUGUUCUGUCUUUUGGUCCAGCCCUGCACUAACACAACUGAUUAGACUGACGGUGGUCCAGACUGAGGAUCACCUGGAAACAGGUGUGUUAGUGCAACAAAAAACAACAUAGAAUAACUAGACUAUUAACUAUUCAAAACGCAAAACUUUUUGUCUAUACCAGCAACGAACAUCCAUUCGAUUUUAUAAUUGCCUAGUAGUGUAUUCUCUGCAUAUUUAGAUUGUCUACUACCUUUCAUUAUCCAUGUAACCGUUGUGAUAUAUUGGUUGUUGGGUUUUAUAUUAGGGUUUUUUUGUUCAAUAGAAAUGCAGUCAAACACAACUUCUCCUAUGAUGGUUUGAAGCAAUGUUCUAUUGUCUACACAAGUAUUGGAUUAGUAAUGUGAAUAACAACUAAAGGGGGGGGGGGGACUCCUUGUUCCACUCUUUAUAACACCUUCAUUGUAUUGCCUUGUAUUCAUUAAACAAGGUUACAUGCUAUUAAAUGAUUAUGUCAUCCAGGGAGAUUCUAAAUGGACACAAGCUUUGACAACGGACUUUAAUCAAAUGAUCCCUGCUGUGCUUUGUUGCUCGAAACCAGAGAGCGAGAGGCAAAGUGUUCACUCUGCCCAAAAUCUGUCCAUGUUAAGUAGAUCAUUAAUUAUUAUCCGGUUGCGGAUUUUCUGGAAACGGAUUUGCCGAUGCUAUUGAUAUGGUGAUUUGUGCGCAUGUGCAGGAUAUUUGUUUACGCUUCUGCUGCCUACAGAGCUGCUGCUUCGUGCUCCAGCCUAAGCUAAAUAAAGUCUUCAUGUUCGA